UAAACAUUUGUGUAUUUGUUAUCACUUGUUAUGAUUACACUUAUUGAUAGUAUACAUGGUAUAAAUGGAGAUGAUGUUUGGUUUACUCCGCGCCUCACAAGUGAUAUAUCGGCGGCCGUUUCGGGCCGUCUUUGGUCAGCACUACGCCAUGUCUUCGUCUUCGGGUGACAUCAAGUCGUCCUUCUCUUCAGCUCAGGAGAGGGUCCAGAAGUUGAAGAGCGAGCCGUCCAAUGAUGUUAAGCUCAAAUUGUAUGCUCUGUUCAAACAGUCGACUGUCGGUGAAUGCAAUACUCCGAAGCCGUCGGCCAUUAAGUUUGUAGAGUCGGCCAAAUGGCAGGCGUGGUCUCAAUUGGGAUCUCUUUCUUCCACUGACGCCAUGACUCAAUACGUCCAGACUGUGGACCAAUUGGAUCAACAGUCGACCGAUUCUUCAUCUCAACCGUCUUCUGGAGCGUCGGAUAUCUCUGGAUCUGAUUUGUCGGACUCUAACACAGAUCUGUUGGUAGAGAACAGGAGUGGUGUUUGUGUGAUAACACUCAACAGACCGAACAAAUACAAUGCCAUAACAGAUGUGAUGUACGACAAGUGGAUCAAUGCUCUUAACACUGCGUCGGCCGACGAGUCCAUUAAGUUAGCGCUCAUUACGGCUAAUGGCGACUACUUUUCCAGUGGCAACGACUUGAGUAACUUUGAAAAGGCAUUCAAAGAGUUCAAAGGAGACAUGAAUGCCGGCGCCGAACAGUCGGCUAAGAUAUUGCAGAAGUUUGUCGCGGCUUUUAUUGACUUUCAAAAGCCACUGAUUGGCGCCGUCAACGGUCCGGCCAUUGGCAUAGCUGUCACUACAUUAGGCCUCAUGGACUGCGUGGUCGCGAGCGACACCUCUCACUUCCAGACGCCCUUCUCAUCACUCGGACAGUCACCCGAAGCGUGCGCUACGCUUACCUUUCCUUUUAUUAUGGGUUAUUCUCGAGCGUCAGAAAUGCUUUAUUUUAAUUACAAGAUGAAAGCCGAAGAAGCCCUCAAUUGCGGACUCAUUUCCCGAGUUAUACCUUCGGCUCAAUUUAAGACUCACGUCGAAGACUGGAUAUUUGGUGCCAACGGUUUGGUCAACACGUGUUAUCCCAAAUCAAUGCAAUUCUCGAAACAAUUGGUGAAAAACGAAUCGUUUCGCAUGAGAUUACAUGAAGUGAACAAAGAAGAGUGCGAUACCAUUAAACACCGAUGGGUUUCAGAUGAAUAUGCAAUACGUAAUGAAUUGAGUGAUUCGUACAAAUUAGUCAAACUUCAUGAUAACAGUCAUCUGAUUGAAGACUGCGCUCUACUUCUUAAUCAACAGUGGAAUCGAAGUUUGACGGCACGACUCCAUACACUGGCCAAGUCUUGCGAUCGGUUUCCCUUAUCUCUCGUACUCAUUGAUUCUAAUAACCAAGUGGUCGGUCACGUGAGGCUCAAACGUGAUGCAAACAUCACUCCAUAUCAUUGUUUGAGUUCCUCUUCAGCCACUAUUGAGUCACUAGUGGUCGCCAAAAGUUUUAGAGGACAAGAGUUGGAUGAAGUGGAUGAGGAAGGAGGGGGUGUUUUGCAUCCGGUGUUUGUUUGGGCAGCUUUUGAGUCUCGUUUCAAAGACUCGAUGUACUCCUCCUGCGAUUGA